UGUAUUCUAUUUACAGAAUUGUUUUUAAACAAGCUAAAGCAAAAGGUGCUACUCCCUAAGACAUUGUGACCUCAAGUUUCAAUCGUAUUAAAGAAGCACAACAAAUAUAAUUACACUAGCCGACACAAACAACCAUAAAAAGUCAGUGGAAAUUAAUCGUCAAUGUGAUUUAAUAAUAAAAAAAAAAAAAAAAAAAAUGUAUGUGAUUAGACUUUUAAUGAGUAUCAGUCUUAUUGCCGCGAUGGCAGACGUUGCUACCCUAACCAAUGAGGCUGAGCUGGGAAUAUUAUCCAGGUUCAAUCGUAGUUCUCAGAACACGAGCAAUGCGGAUGAGUCAAAUGGUUUUGAAAAAGAUGAUGUCGGUUGGACAAAUAUUAAUGAAGAAGUGGAUGUGGUCACUCCCAUGGUUCUAUUGCAUCUUCAAAAGUUGGGAAUUGAGCAUUUGCAACUACCUGACAUGAAGGAGAGUAUAUCAGUUAAGCCUUUAUUCAUUACUUAUGAGGCUGGCCUGUAUUUAACCAAUGGCAUUGUGUACAACCUUUCGGGUAUUAAGCGACACGGAGAUGCAUUCAUGACCUACGAGGGUAAAUCGUUCUUAAGCCGCUUUUAUUUAAAGAUAAAUAAACUUCAGUUUGAAUACAACUUUAUGCUCAAAUUAAUGGCAAUAGAAGGAUAUGGAAAGGUGAUUGGUUCUCUAGACGAUACAAUCGUAUAUGCUGAAUUGGCGGUUAAUGUGAUUACAUCACAAUUACAUCUUUAUGAUUUUCGCAUAAUUGAAUUUAGCAAUAUUCAUGUUCAACUGGAUCAAGCGCGCUUAAUUAGACAACUUACUGGAAUAAUUUUAAGUCCAAUAACCAAUUUGUUCAAGGAUCGAAUUACGACCUCAAUAGCUGAUGGCCUCAAGGAGCAAAUGCAAUCCGUGAUGGAUGAUUUUAACAACGAAGAUCCUUUGGAAUUGCGAAAGUUUACCAAGAAAUUGUUAUCGGGUAUUGCAGGACCUACGCCAACUGAUGUUGACUAAUUUCAUUGAAAUUAUUUAUUUAGAGAUUUACCUACUUCCAUAUAUUGUGAGUGUAUUAGUUUAUGUCACAAAACACAAAACACAGUGUUAAGAAAUUCUAGUUUAACAAAUUGUAAACAAAACAACUUUGAAAACGUGUAACUGGCCAAUUUUUUUUACGAUAUUUAAAAUUCAUAUCCUUAUUUUUUAAA